CGCUCGCUUUCCCGGAGCCGCCGCGAUGUCUCUCUCCCACAAGCUCACCCUCGAUAAGGUCGACGUGAAGGGCAAGCGCGUCGUCAUGAGGGUUGAUUUCAAUGUACCAAUGAAGAAUAACAAAAUAACCAACAAUCAAAGAAUCAAGGCAGCGAUCCCGAGCAUCAAGCAUUGUUUGGACAAUGGAGCCAAAUCUGUAGUAUUGAUGAGUCAUCUGGGCCGACCUGACGGAGUUGCAAUGCCUGAUAAAUUCUCUUUGGAACCGGUAGUGGCUGAACUCAAAUCACUGCUUUGCAGAGACGUCACAUUCCUGAAAGAUUGUGUGGGUUCAGAGGUAGAGGCCGCUUGUGCCAAUCCUGCAGAUGGCUCCGUUAUUCUCUUGGAAAACCUCCGAUUCCAUGUAGAAGAAGAAGGAAAAGGGAAGGAUCUUUCGGGCAAUAAGAUCAAGGCUGAUUCUGCAAAAGUGGAUGCUUUCAGAGCAUCACUUUCUAAAUUAGGAGAUGUUUACAUUAAUGAUGCUUUUGGAACUGCACAUAGAGCUCACAGUUCCAUGGUUGGGGUCAAUCUGUCUCAAAAAGCGGCUGGAUUUCUAAUGAAGAAAGAGCUGGAUUAUUUUGCCAAAGCCCUAGAGAACCCAGAGCACCCCUUUCUGGCAAUCCUUGGAGGAGCUAAGGUUCAGGAUAAGAUUCAGCUAAUCAGUAACAUGUUGGAUAAGGUCAACGAGAUGAUUAUUGGUGGUGGAAUGGCCUUCACCUUCCUCAAAGUACUCAACAAUAUGGAGAUUGGUAACUCUUUGUUUGAUGAAGAAGGAUCAAAAAUAGUCAAAGAUCUGAUGGCCAAAGCCGAGAAGAAUGGUGUCCGGAUCACUUUGCCUGUUGACUUUAUCACUGCAGAUAAAUUUGAUGAGAGCGCUAACACUGGGGAAGCGACAUUGGCCUCUGGCAUCCCUGCAGGCUGGAUGGGAUUGGAUUGUGGCCCUGAAAGCAUUAAGCUCUUUGUCGAAGCUGUGGGCAGAGCCAAGCAAAUAGUGUGGAACGGUCCAGUUGGUGUCUUUGAGUGGGAGAAGUUUGCCAAAGGAACCAAAGCCGUGAUGGAUAAAGUGGUGGAAGUUACUAGCAAAGGCUGUAUCACCAUUAUCGGUGGAGGAGACACUGCUACCUGCUGUGCUAAAUGGAAUACUGAAGAUAAAGUUAGCCACGUUAGUACCGGAGGUGGAGCCAGUCUGGAACUUCUCGAAGGUAAAGUUCUUCCAGGUGUCGAUGCUCUGAGCAGUGUGUAAUGCAUAGAACGUGGAAUAAAUAAACACCACUUCCCUGACUGUUCCUGUAUGCCAGCAUUUAAAGUAGAUAUUCCACCACCUUCAUAUCUGUUCAAGCAGGAGAAUGCAAGGUGUAAACUGGAAGCAAGCGGAAUCAAAGUAUGAUAUCAGGUGUCUGUUCUGUAAAGAUGACAGUUUACGUAACA